AUGCCCACCACCGAAAACACCCAGAGCAACAAGAUAGAAACUCGCCUCUUUAUCAACAAUGAAUUCGUCGAAUCCAUAGAAGGCGAAAAGUUCGACGUUUUCAACCCUUAUAAUGAGGAGAAGGUAGCCAGUGUAUACGAAGCACUCUCUGGAGACGUCGACAAGGCGGUCGACGCUGCAGAAGCUGCUUUGCCUGCUUGGUCAGAAUUGGGAGCAUUUGCCCGAUCGGCUUAUUACUACAAAUUGGCAGAUUUGUUGGAGGCCGCAGGUCCCGAGUUGGCAGAGUUGGAGACAAAGGAGACUGGGAAGGUUGCGUCGAUGUAUAUGGAGCAUGUUAUGGGUGCUUUGGCUCUGAGACAAUUUGCUGGCCUUGCUUUGGACGUACAAGGUGGUACUUCUUUGGCCACUCCUGGGCACGUCAAUAUGGUCAUCCGCCAGCCGUAUGGUGUCUGUGGUGCAAUUGUGCCAUGGAAUAUCCCUGUUCUCGCUGUGGUCAUGAAGAUGUGUCCGGCACUGGUUACUGGAAAUACACUUGUGGUCAAGUCGUCUGAGAAGUCACCGCUUACCGCUCUCGUGCUGGCUAGAUUGGUCAAAGAGGCUGGCUUCCCACCCGGUGUCUUCAAUGUUCUAAGCGGAUUUGGAAAUCCUUGUGGAGCAGCCAUGGCCUCGCAUAUGAAGAUCCGCAAGAUUGGGUUUACUGGAUCUGGUCGCACUGGUCGGUUGAUCAAAGAGGCUGCUGCCAAGUCCAAUCUCAAAAGAGUGUCUCUGGAGCUGGGUGGCAAGUCACCUCUUGUCAUCUUUGACGACGCUGAUCUGGACAAGGCGAUCCCUGCUGCUGCACUGAGUAUCCUGUACAUGGCCGGACAGGUCUGCAUUGCAUCGUCAAGACUCUACGUCCAUGCGUCGAUUGCAGAUGCUUUUCAAGAGAAGCUUGUCGAGACCAUCAAAGCCAUGUCUGCCAACUCACCUGAAGGCAUCGAUCCUCUCUCUCCCGAAGCCAAGCACGCUCCUCAGGUCGACAAGGCGCAAUUCAACAACAUCCUGAAGUACCUCGAGCUGGCCAAAGAGAGCGGCGGCAAGAUCGUCCUGGGAGGUAAGAAGCAAACGGACAAGGGCUAUUUCAUCGAGCCAACGGUCAUCCGCGACCCGGACCACGACAGCCGCAUCUCCAAGGAAGAAAUCUUCGGUCCAGUACUCUGCUUCAAUACCUUUGAAGACGAGGACGAAGUCAUGCAGAAGGCCAAUGAUAGCGAAUAUGGUCUAUUCGCUAGCGUGUAUACUCAAGACAUAUCCAGAGCUUUGCGUGUCGCGAAGAAGUUUGAGAGUGGUAUGGUGGGCGUCAAUACGACUUCACCCAUGUCGACUGCUCUUGACAUGCCUUUUAGUGGUUGGAAGGCCUCGGGUGAUGGAGUUGAUCUCAGCAAGGCGGCUCUUGACAUUUGGACACAGACCAAGACCAUCUACAUCAAGAUUUGA